AUGUCAUCUUCAGCCGCGACGGCGCCGCCAACACCAGGACUUAAUGUGAUUGCCUUGAUUUCCGGCGGCAAGGACUCCUUGUAUUCGAUACUGCAUUGCAUUCGAAAUGGACACAAAGUAGUCGCUUUGGCUAAUUUACACCCCGCAUUACGAUCGAAGCCAACCUGCGCUGAACCCGGCGAUCACGCCACUCCCGAUGAGAUAGGCAAUGAUGACAAUGAUCCCGUCAAGGCCGAGGAUGAGGAAGAGGAGGAAGACAUCGACAGUUUCAUGUAUCAGACCGUCGGCCAUAGCAUCAUCCCGCUCUACGAAACGGCACUGGGUAUCCCUUUAUAUCGAGCUCCUAUCAAGGGCGGCGCCCUCGACACUGCCCGUGUAUACCGACAUGAUGCGGCCGACCAGGCUGCAGAGACCAUCACACCAAGCAAAACACACACCGGUUCGGUCCCGGAUCAGAUUGAAGACGAGACCGAGUCUCUCGUCCCGCUGCUCCGCCGGAUCAUGCAGGCUCAUCCGGAAGCCAAUGCGGUCUCGGCUGGCGCAAUCCUGUCCACAUAUCAGCGCACGCGUAUUGAAAAUGUCGCUGGUCGACUUGGUCUUGUGCCACUGGCUUGGUUGUGGAUGUACCCUUCUCUUCCGGCCCCCGUUGAGCGGGACGCGGAUCCCGCGGCUGUCGCGCAGGUGGGCUUGCUGGAGGACAUGGCUGCCUGUGGAUGUGACGCGCGGAUUAUCAAAGUUGCCUCGGGCGGGCUGGAUGACGGGUUCUUGUGGGAGAAUGUGUCUGGGGCUUCGGGGGUGCGAAGACGUCUCGUUAAGAGUAUGAGUCGUUUCGCUGCGCCGGAGGACAUUCGGGGCGCGGUUCUGGGAGAGGGUGGGGAGUAUGAGACGCUCGCGAUUGAUGGUCCUGGAUUUCUGUGGAAGAAGAGGAUCGAAGUCGAGAGCAGGGAUGUCGGCACGGGUGAAGGUGGUGUUGCUUAUUCGAAAUUGACAAGGGCAAAAUGUGUCUCCAAAUCAGAGGAUGGCAAGGAAGAUCGGCCAGAAGAUGUCAGAAAGCCGGCUUUGCUAGAUAUCUCCUUCGCUGCGGUCUUGCGUGAGAUGUCUUCGAAUUUCGUGGACAGUUCACCCUCACCGUUCCCUUCCCAAGUCUUGUCUCCGUCGCUUUGGUCUUUGGGCGAUGAGAACCAUCGUGUCGGUUCCUCUACGUGGACGAUCUCCAACAUCAAUGCGCCAGAGGCAGGUCCGGGUGCUCUGGAGCAGAUGGAAGGUAUCGUCACCAAGAUCCAACAAGCACUUUUGUUCCCCCCGGACUCCAUAGCAGUCCCUCGGUCCACAGACGAUAUCGUCUUUGCCACAGUGCUUCUGCACUCUAUGGCCGACUUUGCUAUGAUGAAUCAAGUAUACGUCUCCAUUUUCAAGAAGCCCAAUCCACCAGCUCGCGUGACGGUCGCAUGCGGUGACCGUCUUCCUGCCGAUACAAAGGUAUCGGUGUCCAUCGUUGUGGACCUAGGUCCACGGCAUCUUCGACAGGGUCUCCACGUUCAAUCACGCUCUUACUGGGCGCCUGCAAACAUUGGUCCGUACUCUCAGGCAAUAUCUAUUCCAUUCCGCGAUGAAGGCAACACGGUUUUCAUUGCGGGCCAGAUUCCACUUGAGCCGGCCUCGAUGGAAAUUUUCGCCCGAGACAAACAUCUUGUUGACGGUUACCUUUUGCGAGCAACUUUAGCCCUUCAACAUCUUUGGAGAAUUGGUGAGGCUAUGCAGGUCAAUUGGUGGCUGGGUGCCGUUGUCUUCAUGACAGGCGGCGAGCAUAUUGAAGCGCAAGCUCGCAUUGCAUGGCAACUUUGGAAGAGCACGCAUAGCAAAUCCGAUGAGAAUCUUGAAGACGAAAACGAAGGCGAAGGUCCGCAGCUGGAUGCUUGGGAUAUUAAGUAUGGGGGCAGAGCCGGCGAGCUCACGCCUGAAGUCAUUGCGCGCAAUCUCCCCGACUUCUCGGUGGUGGAAGAUGACUCCGACACGACCGUGCCGCCUUUCUUGGCGGUGGAAGUGCACGAGCUCCCACGUGGCAGCGACAUCGAGUGGCAAGGUCUCGGUAUUCGGUGCCGGCAGGUGCUGAUGCAAGAAUCAGAAGAUGGUGUCGCCAGCACGAUAGAUCGAAGAUACAGGUAUCGCUGUGUAGGCAUCGGCUCCGAGAAGGGUGAUGAGUCCUGCUUCGAGAGACUGCGGUCUUUGGUGACGUCCUAUUGCCGGCGUCCUAACACUACUCAGGCUGUGCUGUAUAGUACAUUUCCUGUGCCAGACGACCUGUGGCCCUCCCAAAUCGUUCCUUGUCGGUCUGUUUGGGGGCCAGAGGGACAACGUCUAGUCGCCAGUUUGGUUCUACAGGAGGAACUUUUUUAG